AUGGCUUUGGUAUCACUUUAUGGUAAAUCACCGCUAUUUGUCAUAAUCUUUAACUGACUCCCAUAGCAAUUUCACUGUUAUUUAAUGCAUAUUCAGUUCCUUAAUUGUAGGCUUUCAUCGAGGUGAUCAAUAUGACAUUGAAUGUGUUUUGCGGUUUUUCUUCUUUUUUUUCAUGACUACGGUUUCGAUUUGUAAGCCCCCAUCGUAUAAUCUCUCCAAUAUGUACAAAAUCAUAUAAAUAACAUUUCCCCAAAUCGUACAUAUUACCCAUGCAUGUAGAGAAAAGGAACAUGCAUGCUCUAUCGUUGCUCAUACAUUUAUAUUGUGUUUUCAGAUCCAUAUGCUAUAUGGGAUGGUUCUGAGAUAUUCACAUCGCAAACUGUCCACAUUUUGCUGGAUUGUAUGAAAGAUACAUAUGAUAUCAAUAAGCAGAUUGCAUUUAAUUUACUCGUUGCUUGUCCAGCUUCCAUUCACCCAUUCAAGGUAAGAUGGCAACUGUAAUCAGUCAUCUACAAUCCAUAAGUGGCUGACUAAUUCACAAAUCUCACUAUUCUGUACUUUUUUAUUUAUUUAUUUAUAAACUUUACAAUCAACAAAACGAUUGAAGGUACAGACAACAGGACUGAAAAGUCCCAAAAGUCCUAUACCUACACAUUACAUUGACAUUGUAAAACAAUAGAGACAGGGUCACAAACUUAACAAAGCUACAAUACAAAAUUACAACACACAAUCAAUGCGUUUCAAACCAUCCUUACACUUUCCAAGUUAAUAUGAAAUAGUAGACAUGGACCGCACAAAUAUUGCAGUCCUUUCUAAGUCAACUACCUUAAAAUGAAGAGACCUGAAAAUUGCAAUGGUUUGGGAAAUGACCAAGUUACAAAAAGGAUUAAUACAUAUAAAAGUAUCAACGUUGUACGUGUACAGCACAGACACAGUCGCAGAAUACAGUAAACAUCCUAUAAACAUGCAUGUGUUCCAAGCUGUCCCUGCAUUUUCCAAAGAUAGAUUUCAAAGAACAUCACCUGGUAAAUGAGUGAAGUUACUUGUCAGAAAGACUUACCCUUUUGGAUCUGCGAGUUAUUUGGUCAUGCGGUUUUAUCACGUUCUCUCUGUUUCAGGAUAUCCACUUUACCUUAAAUUGGACGACAGUAGCAACCCAGUGUGCAAUCAGUCCAAAAGCCAUCAACGUUAGCACUGCAGCUUGUAUGUUUAAAAUACUCAUCCGUAAAUCACCGCAUAAAAUAUGUCUACCUGCGAACCCAGAAAAUUGUACGGCUUGUGAAGAAGAAUGUGCUCAAUCUGAUGGAGGAAACAAAGGCAAUGACGAAGUCGCAUCUUUAACUACCCAAGCGUAUCAACUUGACUUAGGAGACAAAGAAAGAGAAACGUCGAUACCAUGUAUGCAGGCUUUUAGACUUCUUUCUCAAUUUGUCGAAUUGUUGAAAUCUCAAAUUGAAGUGGCUCGCAAGAGUUUACUUGAGGCUGCAUUUGAAGCUCCAAUCCAUGGCGUACUUUAUUGUGUACGAGAAGUUAUAUGCGAUCUACAACUAAG